ACAUUCAACAUUCUGAGUAGUAAUUAACUAGUGCUAAAUAGGCUACUACUACAAUCACAACAAAUUAUUCUCUCCCAAAAGAAAACCAGGUUCCUAAUUAAAUCCACAACCAUGAAGAGCUCCAACAUCUUCCUUCUCCUUUUGCUCGUAUCUUUCGUCGUCGUCAUCGAAGAUGAAGUGGCGGCGGCGGCGGCGGCGACGGUCACUGAAGCUAAAGGAAUCUGUUUCGAAAAACCGAGGUUCUACGAAGGCGAUUGUCUUCUAUUCAGUUGCAAGGCAGAAUGUACAAAGGAAUAUGGGGCCUCAACAGGUGCUUUGUGUUAUAAUCAGCUUUUUUGUUUUUGCUAUUUUCCAUGCUAAUUAAUAUUAGCUUGAUUUUCCUGUAAUUUUAUUGAUGCAGUAAUAAAAUGUUCAAUUCUUC